UGCACGCGAUCAUAAAGAAGAUGGCACUAUUGGUCGCGUGCCCUGAGCCACGAGACGCGCGUUGACGCCGCAGGCCUCAUCGGGUCAGGCGACGCCCAAGCAGGCUCCUUCACUGCACCGCUGGAGCGGAUAGCGCAGCCGAGGCGCCUGCCGUGGCUUUGACUAGCAGCGACAAAAGGUUCGCGCUGUCGUCCACCACGGAGAACGCAACGCGUACGAACUGCCGCUGAAGAGGCACCCGAUCUGCAACCGAAAGACAUGCAGCUGUCCGAGGACGCCGUAGCGGAGCUGCGCGAGGCGUUCGCGCUCUUCGACAAGGACGGCGACGGCGCCAUCAGCACCAAGGAUCUGGGCACCGUGAUGCGCUCGCUCGGUCAGAACCCGACAGAGGCCGAACUGAAGGACAUCAUCGCGGAGCUGGACGUCGAUGGAAACGGCACCGUCGACUUCCCGGAGUUCCUGGCUCUGAUGUCCAAGAAGGCGCGCACUACGAACACUGAAGAAGAGAUCCGGGAGGCCUUCAAGGUCUUCGACAGAGACGGAAAAGGCUUCAUCCCCGCAGCAGAGCUCCGUCACGUCAUGACAACUCUCGGAGAGAAGCUCACGAACGAAGAAGUUGACGCGAUGAUACGGGAAGCCGACGUGGAUGGAGAUGGCCAAAUUAACUACGACGAGUUCGUAUUGCUCAUGACUUCAGGCUAAACAUCAAAAUCGCUUUUUUUUUUCUUCACUCAUAUUGCUUUGACGUCGCCAAGAACAGGGCUUCAUUAAAAAUGUUGGAAC